AUGAAAAACACAUUGGUAAAUUGUGUUCUACUUAAAACAUCAUUUAGAUUUAUACAGACAGCUUUGUAUAGUACCAAGGGUCAUGUGCUAAUUGGUGGAGGAACUGGAUUUAUUGGCAGAAACUUGAGAGAAUUGCUGUUAAGAGAAAAAUACGAAGUCACGGUAUUAUCUAGAAUUAAGACCGGAGAAAAACACAUCAUUAAUUGGGCUGAUUUAAUACUCAAUGGUCUUCCCAAAAAACAUAACUGCUGUGGUCAAUUUGACUGUAGAGUCGGUUCUACAAUGUUACUUACUGACAUAUUAAAUUUAACCAAAUGCAAGCCCAAUGUGUUCAUUACAAUCACUAGUACUGAUAUGUAUCCAUCAGACGGAGUUCACACAGAACAAUUUAUACCUACAAACCAAAUGAUAGACUGUAAUUUCUUCACCAAAUUAGGAAUGGAAUGGGAGCAAGCUUCAAACAAUUUUCCUUUUCGUAAGAUAUCGAUCAGAACAGGAACAGUACUGGGUAAUGAUGGUGGAUUUCUGAAAUGUUUGAAAUAUCUCAUUGCUAUAGGAAUAGGAACUCGUAUAGGAAAUGGAUGUCAACAUCAGCCUUGGAUACAUAUCUGCGACUUAUUAAACCUUAUACUAUUUUCAAUUGAAAACAAAGAAGUAUGUGGAAUAUUGAAUGGAGUAUCACCAAAUUGCAUAACUAAUGAAGAAUUAAUUACUAUCUAUACACUAAUGUCAAAAAAGCCAUCAAUGAUAUUAAAUACACCUAGAAUAUUAUUGAAGACUAUAUUUGGAGAAGAAAGAACACAAUUAAUAUUGGAAGGAAGAAAAGUUUUACCAACAAGGACUUUGGAAAGUGGAUUUAAAUUCCAAUAUUUUGAAAUUGAAGAUGCUUUAAGGAAUAUUAAGGGUCGAUGA